AUGCCUACCGUAGUAGGAAUUGCUGGAUUUACGGGGAAGUUUGCACAAUGUGUGGCACAGGAAUUACAAGCUUAUACCGACGUGACUAUCCGAGGUUAUUGCAGAAGUCCCGACAAACUCCCACAAUCUGUCUUGAAAGAGUACGGAAUUGAGGUUAUCAAAGGCGACUACGAUGACAAAAACUCUAUCCAAAAGUUUGUCCGGGGAACGGAUAUCGUGAUCUGCUGCUAUUUUGGAAGCCCAGAUGUCAUGACUCGAGGCCAAAUGCUUCUGGUUGAUGCAUGUGAAGAAGCGGGAGUUCCUCGAUAUGUUCCGAGCGACUUCGCUGUUGACUUUACUAAAAUCCCCACCGGUACGCUGUUUCCGAAGGAGUCAACCAAGAUUAUCAUGGAGUAUCUGAGUUCGAAAAAGGUGGACGGAGUGCACAUUCUUGUCGGUGGUCUUAUGGAGACGUUCUGGAGUGAAUUCUUCCAGAUCUGGGAUCCUGAAACCCAAUCCAUGGCCGUCUGGGGAUCAGGCAACGAUGCGUGGGACCUUACCUCUUAUAAGACUGCAGCAGCGUACACAGCUGCUGUUACAAUGGACCCAAGCGCCGUUGGUGUCUUCCGCUUUUUGGGCGAUCAUAAAAGCGCCUCCGAGAUCAAGGAAAUCUUCGAGAAUGUCUACCAUUCUGAACUUCGCCUUGAUCGACUUGGGUCUAUUGAUGAUCUCUUCAAUACCGUACAAGCUGAGUUUGCUAAGAAUCGUGACGAUAUUUCCAAGUGGGCACCACAAUGCUUUGCUUAUUGGUGCACCAGUGGAAAGGCAUAUCUUGGAGAUGAUCUGGAUAAUCACAAAUAUCCUCACGUGCAGCCAGUCAAUCUCGAAGCUUUCCUUCAUAGUCACAAGUUGAAGGACCUACAUGAAGCCGAUCGAAAACUUGGAUUUUGA